GGAGUAGUUAAAUAACUACUUAUGCAUAUUUCAGCUCGUUUUCCCACGGCUCUUCCAAAAUCCCAAGGUUGUUAUAAGUAUCAGUCAUCGCUGUCGAAUAUCCUCAUCAUGGACCUGCCUAUCCUCAUAUGUAAACUUACAACCCUUAUUCAAGAGUUCUUCUGUAAUUCUUGCAACGAUGUACAACUACACCGAAAAAGAACUUCUGGUAAAGAAGCUGAAGGGCCAGAGGCUUUCUAUACCAGAUAUGCGUCCGAUAUUCUCACAUUGGCCCUCUGGACAGAAUGAGAAUUACGAGACGAUGAAAGAAAUGAUUGACAAGCGACUUGCUAUGCAACCUAUGGGAGAGGAAGCUCGCAAAGCAUUCACCAACAUGAACCCGGCCUUACUUGCAGCAAGAUGGUGGCCAUCAGCAUCUAAGGAGAAAUACCGAACCUUGAUCGAACACAUUAUCUGGUUUGGCUAUUGGGACGAUCUUGUCGAGAAGCUCACCCCGGACCCAAACGCCGCCGAAGAUCUUCGCAGAGUGACUAAAGCCUUCAUACGUCAUUCCCUCGGCCUAACUCAACCGGGAGAGGAAGACUCGAUACCCUCUAAUCCCCUAGUCCGCAGUUUUGAGGGCAUUGCUGCGGAAACGUGUGCAAACUAUGACGAAGAGCAACGGAAGACCCUCAUGGGUCAUUUCGACCGAUACAUCGAUGCAACGCGACUUGAGGCAGAGGCAGAUCUGAGCGAUAGACUACCUAGUCUGAAGAGGUACUGGGAAGUAAGGAUACUGACAAGUGGUAUGGGCGCAUUGCUCGGCUUCACAGAAUACGCGGCCCAAGCCAAGCUUCCCCUUCAACUGGCCUCUUCAACGGCGUACGAGACCCUAUGGAUGACUACUAUCAUAAUAAAUUCCAUUGUAAAUGACUUGAUAUCGUUCAAGAAGGAGAUGAAAGCGGGAAGCGUAUUAAGCUCCGUAGCUAUACUCUAUCAACAAGUCGACAACCUUGACGCAGCGGUGCAGAUGUCGGUCGCUCACCUAAGGAUCCUAGUCGAAGAGUUCGACCGUGUGGCAAAUACGAUACUAUCGGAAUUUCCCUUGACCCCUGAGGAGGUGGAUGCCGUAUCGAAGAUUCUCUACGUACUAAGGACGGUAAACACGGGGAACUUGGAGUGGAGCUUGCAAUCAAAGCGCUAUGGAGUCAGCCAGUUCAUGACAGACGACGGACGGAUCGAACUGACUUUGUGAUUGUUGAACAAGCUGCCGUGCACUUGCCUUCUUGUCCCAUCGAGGGUGUUAUGACUUACGAGAUCCUUAUGAGCGUCGGAUAUA